AUGCUAAGCAAUGUUACUACUAUAGAAUAGCUUGAAAAAAUAAAAGAAUAGCUAGAUAAUGGAAACUAAAAAGAUAAACUAUCUGUUUUAGACAACGUAGAGAGCAAUUAAAAUGUCUAUGAUCUUGGAAAAAGGAAAAAUUUUUAUUAAGUAUUUGGCCAAAAUCCUAUUUUAUGGCUGCUACCAGUUUUUGGGGAGUCUGGAAGACCUUAUGGUGAUGGUGUGGCUUGGAACAAGAAUUCAUUUUAGAAGCAAAUUACAUUAGAAACAAAAGAUCUGCAGGCAAACCUAAAAGAUUAGGGCGUAUCUAUUAAAAGUGAUGAAAAUAAAUAAUAAAACUAGCAAUCCUAUGAAUAGAAUUAAGAUUAAUUAAAUUAAAAUAACUAAAGUUUGAACAAUUAAUAAUUAAAUUAAAGUUUUAUCAAUUAAUAAAGUAAUAAAAGCUUUGUAAAUUAAUAAAACAAUGCAAAUUAAAGUAACAACCCAUUAAAUAUAACAUAAAAUAACAAUAACAGCUUCUUUUAAGAAUACUAAUCAUCUCUGAUUAUUAAUCUUUUGAAUAAUACUCAAAGCUAAACAAAUGUUGGUAAUUAAGUACACAGCAAUUUACAAAACGUUAGUCCUAAAUAAACUAUUUAUUAAAUACAGAGUCGUUAUUAAGUUCAAAAUUGA